UGUGUGUAGUCUGCUGCUUCUGCUCUCCCGCAGAGCAGCCCUGGACAUCCACUCAAUCUAGUGUCCGAGAACUUUUUCUUCAGUGAGCGGCCACAAGGAUCUUGAGCAAGCAGAAACCCAACACAUCCACGAGGGGGCGGAGCUAAAGUCGCUACCGGAACCGGAAGUAGCUCUGUCAACCAUUUCACGGCACUUGCCUGGAGGCUCCGGACAGUUAAGCGUCUGUUCGGUGCUGAGGUAUUUUUAAGGGUUUUGAAGAGGGACUGUAGGUUCUGUGACUGGAGAGGUGUGUGUGGGGGUCAUUAAAGUGGUUGUUGGCGUUGGUAAUGGCGGGGUCAGGUAAUGGGUUGGAGUCGGGAUAGUGACUCGUUGCAGUUUGAGUUGAAAGCAAGGGGUCACUAAUUUCCGUCUUUCUUUUCUCAUAUUUUUGUCCUAAAGUUCCACAUUUGGGUAUGUAUUGCUUUCGGUCUUAUUAAGUGAUAAGUUUUUUCCAAUUUCAGUUAUUUUUCUUUUUACCAAGAGUUACUUAAAAGUGCCUUUUCAAUUUUCAAAAGUUAAACCGUUUAUUAAUUUCAAAUGCAACUUAUUUGUGCCUUAUGUGAUACUCAUUCAUUGGAAUGUGUUCAGACUUCCUUUAAGGCUAAUUUUAGGGUCAGUUUUUUAUUAAUAUUAUAUCUCUAACUCAAUAAUAGUGUGAGUUCUCCAACUGAUAAUGGUCUUAUUCAAAAGUGUAUAUUCUUUCAGUGUGUGUGCCUGCUCUUUUAACCACUGAAAGUGAUUUGUGUGUGUGUAUGCAUAUAUAUGUGUAUAUACAAAAUGUAUGUGUGUGUGCAUAUCUAUAUCUAUAUACGCACACACACAUAAAUUUUCAAAAUUUUUGUAUAUUUAUAUAUUUUACUUGGUGUCACUGGGUUCACAUAGGAGUACUUUUCAGAAUAAAGAUCACAAAAUUAUUCUAGUCCUGGAUGAGUGACACUGAGAAGUUUCCGCUCCUGGAUCCUGAAAUGCAGGAAGCAGCAGUGAAAGUGAAGACAAAGAAGUUGAAUAAAAAGAAAGAGAAGAAGAAGAAGAAGCGAAAGCUCAUGUCAAAGCGUAAACACCAAGAGAAGGCAGAUGCCAAGGAUUUGGCCUCGCUGCAGCAGUGCCUGGGACCUGGCUGUGUGUAUCCUACCCGGCCAGGCUCCAAGUACUGCUCAGAUGAUUGUGGCAUGAAGCUCGCAGCUGACCGCAUCUAUGCGAUUCUGCCCCAGCGCAUCCAGCAGUGGCGGAAGAGCCCCUGUAUUGCUGAGGAGCAUAGCAAGAAAAUGCUUGAGCGCAUCCACCAAGAGCAGCAGGACACUCACACCCGCCUGAAGGACCUGGAGUGCCAUUUCUAUGAACUUGAGGCCAUAAUUCUGCGUGGCAAGCAGCAGCCUGUGUGCAAGGAUGAGGAGAUCAACAAAAGUAACAGGAACAAUGCAAACCUGCAGAUCUUCUGUGUCUCCUGCGGGCAGUCAGUUAACAUGCAUGUCGCCCUGCGCCACAUGGAACACUGUUUUGUCAAGUAUGAAGGCAAGUCGUCCUUCGGGUCCAUGUAUCCCACUUGCAUUGAAGGGGCCACCAGGCUCUUCUGUGAUGUUUACAACCCAAAGAGUAAGAGGUACUGUAAGCGGCUUCAGGUGCUGUGUCCUGAGCACUCGAGAGAUCCCAAGGCAUCAGAUGAUGAGGUGUGCGGUUGCCCACUAGUGCACAAUGUCUUUGAGUUCACUGGUAAUUUCUGUCGCCUACCUAAACGCGUAUGCAACCUCCACUAUUGCUGGGAGAAGCUGAGGCGUGCUGAGGUGGACCUAGAGCGUAUUCGCAUGUUGAACAAGCUGGAAGAGCUACUUGAGCAGGAGCACAAGGUGCGCACAGCUAUGACAAACCGGGCAGGGCUUCUGGCCCUGAUGCUUCACGAGACAGUCCAGCAUGACCCGCUCACCACUGACCUGCGCUCCAAAGCAGACAGCUGAGCCCUGCUUGACUGAGAUCCUGUACCCAACGCUCCGUGCAAGGGAGACACUCAAUGAAUUCUUCACACACUAGUUCCUAUAACCACUUUUUUCUUAGGUCAUCUUAGAGUUUCUCUGUGUUUCUCUGUUCGCCAUUUGGUCUCCUGUCUCUGCUUACCCCUGGAUGGGAAGGGGUCCUCAAAAUCGCUCUCUGUUGCCAUCAUUCCCCAUCCCUCUCUCUCUUUCUUCCCUGAAACUUGGCAGGGCCAAGGAUCUGCCCUGCCUUCAUCCCCCACUGUCCAGAAUUUUGUUGACAAACUUUGGAAGAACAAAGGAUAUUAAUAGCCCCUGAGGGCCCUCUAACCUGUCUCUCUGGCCACAAACCCAAUUUCAAACCUCUGAUGGCGGUGGGUGGCAGUGCAACUGUACUUAGGAGGAGGCUGCGGUGCACAUGCAGAGUGGCUGUGAAGUGACACCCACUCAGGGCUCAGUGGGCCCUCUUCUGUCAGGGGAGCUAUGACCGUAUAAAGAAGGCGCCAAUGGCUUUUGUUCCUGGCAGUCCCCCAUUCUAGGCCAUCAGACGUGUAGUUGGCACCUGAUUAGUGCACAGCCCAUUCAUCAACUUCUAUGCAAUCGUUAAUAUUCCCCAGGCCAAAGGUGUUACAAAAAUGGGAUGGGAGAUAGAUGAGUGUAGGAUAAUCCCCCCCUGAUGAUUCCACUUUGGGACACUGAGGAGGAUUCAAGGUAUCAUGGCAGUCAUGCCCCUGCCCAUGUUGUUCCACACCUUAUCAUCAUAUGAGGUCCCAGCUCUUUUUGUCAGCCUUGGCCCCUGCCAGUCCAGUCCUGGUCUGUCUCCCCCAGCACUUCCUAUCACAUCCUCUCCUGCUCCCUCCACCACACUGCUCUGGGUCUGUCCUUUCCAGCCUGCCCUGUACAUUGAAGCCCCUUGUGGUCAUGACCAUUUCACACCUGUAGAGUUGCCAGAGGAAGACUGAGACCUCUGCCAUAUCUGCCUUUGUCAGCCCCAGCCAGGUCUCCUGUGGAGGUGUGUCCGAUAAUGCUGCCUGUGGGUACUGGUAUGUUUGAAAUGAGAGACUUGAACACUUUUCUUAACUUUUCUCUACUCACUGGUCCCUUAUGAUUUUUUUCAUUAAUCUUCAUAAUUCCUUUUUUCCAGGGACUCACACAUUUCACUUAAAUGGUUAGGUAUGUUGCUCUUGACUUAUACCUAAUAGUCCCCCAUAGUUAGUUUAUAUUACUACCUAACCUCAUGCAAUGUCUCCCCUUUAAAUUACUAAUUAGUGCACUUUUGUACUUCUCUUGAUCAGAUUUUCCAGGGGCUAAGCCACAUAAUUAAUUGAUUAUUUGAAAGAACUGGCUUUUUAAUUUAUUCAUAUUCCUUAUUAUAUUUAUUUUAUUUAUUUAAACUUUCAUUUUUAUUAAUUCCCGCUUCUUGAUAUUUUGUUUGGUGUUUCAUUUUCAUAUGUUUACUUCAUUUCUUUGUUCUUGUUCUGAUCUUUUGAAGCAAAUUCUUAACUCAGUUAUAUUAGUGUGUUCAGUCUCCUGUUUAUAUAAGUAUAAAUAAAUAGAUAUAGAUAGAUAUAGAUGAUAUAGAUAUAGAUAUAGAUAUAGAUAUAGAUAUAGUAAAGGAUUUCAGGCCACACACUUUCCUCUAAAUGCACUUAUAGCUCCUGAACUUUGGUAUGAAAGGUGAAACUUCAGAAUUGAUUUCUUACUUUGAUCCUAGCUGUUGAAGAAAGUUUCUUAGUGUCUAACUAUUAAGUAUUCAUUAUUUUUUCUUUCUUUUUUGUAAUUAUGAUUUUUCUAUGAUCAGAGAAUGUGGCCUGUUGAAUCUAAACUUGUAGGGGUGCCUGGGUGGCUUAGUCGGUUGAGUGUCUGACUUCAGCUCAGGUCAUGAUCUCAUGGCUUGUGGGUUCGAGCCCUGCGUUGGGCUCUGUGCUGCCAGUUCAGAGCCUGGAGCCUG